UCCAUCUGCUGCCCAGUUAUGAAAACCAUGGUACUCCAGUCAUCAUUAAAGAACUGCCUUCAGCUAUCCUGUAUCCUCAGAACUCCAAAAGCUGGCUUCAGAAGCACAACUAGCGGAGGCCUCAUUAUCCAGUCUGUUUCUAAUGAUGUUUACCAAAAUCUGGCUGUGGAAGACUGGAUCCAUGACCACAUGAAUUUAGAGAACCGACAGGUCCUUUUCCUUUGGAGAAAUUCCCCUGCUGUGGUAAUAGGGAGACAUCAGAAUCCCUGGCAGGAAGGCAACCUCAGGCUAUUGAGGCAAAAAAAUAUAAAACUAGCCAGGAGGAGAAGUGGAGGAGGGACAGUUUACCAUGACUUAGGCAAUAUCAAUUUGACUUUCUUUACAACUAGAAAAAAAUAUGAACGAAUGGAAAACCUGAAACUAAUUGUGAAGGCACUGAAAGCCUUGCGCCCCCAGUUAGAUGUACAUGUCACUGACAGAUAUGACAUCUUGCUAGACAGGCAAUACAAAAUCUCAGGUACAGCUGCAAAGCUGGGAAGGGCAACUGCUUAUCACCAUUGCACCUUACUCUGUAGUGCAGAUAAGUUUGUUUUAUCUUCUGUGCUAAAGAGUCCUUAUAAAGGGCUAAAAAGCAAUGCCACUCCGAGCGUGCCUGCCUCAGUGAAAAACCUCUUUGAAGAUGAUCCUGGUUUAACUUGUGAGAUGCUCCUGGAUGCCAUUGCUGAAGAAUAUGCUAUGCAACACCGAAUAGAUCAUCAUGUCACCUUAAUAAACCCAUCUGAUGAGACUGUGCUUCCUGGAAUUAAUAAUAAAACUAAAGAACUACAAACCUGGGAAUGGGUGUAUGGAAAGACACCAAAGUUCAGUGUAAGCACUUCUUUUAACGUGGUCUAUAAAGGUUGUGUUCUUGAUGUUAAAGUAGAUAUGGAUGUAAAGCAUGGAAAGAUUGAAGCCUGUAACAUUGAUUUGCCGGAGCAGUGGCUGCCACCAGCACUGUGCAGUGAACUGAUGAAGGGCCUUAUUGGCAGUAAGUUUUGCCCAAACGAAACCACUACACUAGCGACAACAUUGCUAAGACUGUGUCCACAAGAUGAUGACUUGCACAGCAGGUGGAAUCUGCUAUGCGAGAGUAUGAAAAUGUUAAUGUGACUUGCAUUUUGAAAAUGCAAGCUAAACUGCUGCUUUUUAAGUUAAUUUAUUGAAAACAAAAUUAAAACAUUAAUUUCUAAGAGAAAA